CGAACGCGCGGUGAUCAAUAGGGGGUGCGAAUGUGGGAUUACCAGUUUGCCAGGGACAACCCGAUCUACUUCUCUCAUCUUUUUGUCGCCUAUUUGAAGGGAAUGGUGCUGUCCGAGGAAGAGGCUGGGGGCAGGGGGGUGCAGCGCGUCUUCCCGCGGCUGAAGACGCAGGAGGAGGAGGAGCGGUUGGCGUCGCAGCGGCUGGCGGUGCCGCCGCCGCUGCCGCGCAUCCUCAAGGAGUUCACCAAGGCGGCCAUCCGCACGCAGCCCUACGACCUGCUGCGCUGGGCCGCCGCCUACUUCGGCGCGCUGGCCGUCGGCCUCGAGCCGCCCGUCAAGGAGCGCCUCGAGUUCCCGCCGCUCGACGCCCCCGGCGGCCUCACCCCCGGCUACCUCAAGGUCGUCCACCGCCAGCAGGCCGGACGCCCCGACGUCCAGCGCCGAGACCUCGAGCGCCGCUGGCAGGGCCUCUGCCUCGGCGCCGACGCCCUGGACGCCGUCUGGGCCCUCGCCGCCCCCGACCCCCACCACAGGGAGGCCCCCUGGCUCCACGUCGUCGCCGCCGCCAGUGGAAUCAUCUCACAGUCGCCGCUGCAGACGAUGGUGCUGGUGUGCGAGACGCUGACCUCCGAGCCAGAGGGCGCGUCCGCCUGCAUCCCGAUGGCCACCUUCGAGCCGCUCUACCUGUUUGUGGCGCGCCUGCACCACCCGGAGCUGCCCGGCAUCGGGUCUGCCCUCGGCGCAGAGGUGACCACGCCCCUUUUGGAGCACCUGAGGGCCGUGGCCGCCGAGCAGGGCGGAAACGUCACUCCGAGGAAUCUGGCUCACUUCAACUGCCCCAAGCUUUAUUGA